AUGUCUUCAUCGUCGUCGUCGAUUAACCUUACGCCGAGUAUAAAUGGAACAGAUGAUCUCAUUGCAGAUCUGCUCAAGUUCUUUUUUGAGCCGGAUGAUCCUAGAGUGAAACAAUGGUUUCUGGCAGGCUCCCCAGUGCCUUUGUUCACAAUAGUGGGAGUUUAUUUGGUGUUCUGUUUAAGGGCGGGUCCCUGGUUUAUGCGCAAUCGCAAACCCUUUGAGUUGAAGAACACGCUGUUGAUCUACAAUGGCCUGCAAGUGAUUCUAAGUUGUGUUUUAUUCUAUGAGUUUUACCAAGCUGGCUGGGGUACACACUACAAUUACAAAUGUGAACCAUUAGUCUUUAAGACCGAUCCCCAAUCCUUAAGGAUGGCUAGAGCUGUUUGGUUAUUCUAUAUAGCCAAAAUCACUGAGCUAUUGGAUACAGUAUUCUUUGUGUUACGUAAAAAGGAUCGCCAAAUAUCUACACUACACUUGUAUCAUCAUACCAUUAUGCCGUUGGGAUUGUAUUUUGCAGUUCAAAAUUUUGCAGCUGGUCAUGGUACAGUUAUCUGCUUCGUUAACUCAUUUGUCCACAUCGUAAUGUAUACGUAUUAUAUGUUAGCGGCGUUGGGUCCUAAAAUACAAAAAUAUCUAUGGUGGAAAAAAUAUAUCACCAUUUUACAAAUGAUGGCCCGUGCAGUUUGGUUGUACUACAUUGCCAAAAUCACCGAACUAUUGGAUACUGUCUUCUUUGUGCUUCGCAAAAGAGAUCGCCAAAUUACCUUCCUUCAUUUGUACCAUCAUGCGUCCAUGCCUUUUGUCUCACUCAUCGGUGUUCAAUACUAUGCAGGUGGUCAUGGAACAAUUGUGUGUUUCGUCAACUCCUUCAUUCACAUUGUUAUGUAUGCCUACUAUUUGUUGGCUGCCAUGGGUCCAAAGGUACAAAAAUACUUGUGGUGGAAAAAAUACAUAACCAUGAUGCAAAUUGUCCAAUUCCUUAUUGUCUUUGUCCACACAUUCCAAGUGCAGUUCCAACCUACGUGCCAUUAUCCCAAAUUGAUAGCAAUUGGCUUAAGUUUAAAUGCCAGUCUUUUCAUCUACCUCUUCAGUUCCUUCUACAUUCAAAGCUACAAGAAGGAUGCCGUACAAAAUGGCGUUAAAAAAGCUGUAUCUCAAAAACAGGAUUAAGUUCAUAUCAUC